UAUACUAAAGUUUUAUGAGAUGAAUCUCCUUGAUCACAUGACGUGGAUCGAAUCAAAUGGCUAUGACAGGAAUAUGCAUUGUGAUGGUUUGGAUGCCGCUAUGAGACCGGAAAGGCCAAUUACUGUAGAUGAAGCUUGCUCAUUAAGAACUUUAUUAUUUGGGGACUUACAGCGAACUUUUGGAAAGGAAUGGUCUGAGCAAAGUUUCCGUUUUAGAAGAACGAAACCAUUUCCAUAUGGAAUUAUUCAGAAAAGGGGUGGUCCUUGUGGAGUUCUAGCUGCUGUUCAAGCUUAUGUUUUAAAAGAAUUUUUAUUUGGUGACCAUAAGAGUUCACUGGUCUCAGGAGCAUUAAGGCCCACAUUAUCUGAAAAGAGAAUAGCUCUGUCUUAUGCUCUGACCAAAAUUUUGUGGAAUGCUGGAAGAAAAGGAAAUGCCCUCGUAGCUUUGUAA